AUGCUGAGAAGGAAGAGUUCUCAGAGAAACCCAAGAGAGUCGCAAAGCAGCACUAGAUACUCGAUGGAGGUCACGAGGCAAGCAGCAUCGCGCGGGAAAGAAGAGCAGAAGCCGGGAGACGAUCGGCUGGGAAAUUGGAUGAGCUGGGGCCCGGACGAUUCGGUGCCUCGCUCACUCACGCUGCCUCCCGUCACCACCUCAGUUCGGUCAUUCUGUCGCAACUGGCGCGCCAUCUGCGCCAUCCUCGCGGAACGGGGCCCUGACAACACUAAAUCCGCCCUGAGGGGCGAGCGACGCCUGGCAAUUGGCCCUCCGGAGCAAUGUGUCAGGCGACAGGGCAUGGCCGCAUGGCUGGUGAGCUCCAGCUACUAUACCUUAUGGGCUGACGGCGGGACAAGGAACUGUCAAACUGUAAACUUUGUCUUUGUCAGCCAACCUAAGCAGCUCAGCACGCGACCAGACGAAGACAUCCGACGACAACAUACCUUGCAGCUGCCACUUGGCUGCAUCUCACAGACGGAGAGACCUCUGACGGCGAGGGAAAAGUCUCAACCACGGCUCAUCGAGUGUUCACUCGCAACCUCAAACAUGGCCAAAAAGGGGACCAAGGAAAAGAGGGUGAAGGAUCCUAAAGGCAUCCCCCUUGCCCAGCCUGAUCGGUCAGCUCCCAGCGAAGCCACUUUGCUGCAGAUGGCCCAAGACCGUGGUCUUUUCAAGCAGGCCGACAAGGACCCGCGGAAUAAGAAUUUGCCCAAGGGUGCUGUCCGAAUUGACAGGCCGGGUAGCGAGGAUAGUGACGAUGAUGAGGACGACGAAGAGGCCUUGUUGUCUCCCUUGAUGGAGCGCAUCAUGGACACACUGCUCUGGACUGUAAGUCUUGCCAUGGUACACGGCACCCUCGACGUGCUCGUCCAGAAUCAGUAUGCCAAGGAGAUCGAAUGGCCCAAUGUCUUCAGCCGUACCCUCGUUGCGUUGAUGGUGCUCUUCUUUCUUUUCUAUAAUCUCCAUGCUUUCCCAUCCAGCCCAAACCUUAUCCCGGGACUGCCGGCUCGUUACCAGCAUGCCAUUCGACAGGCCAUCUUCUUCGUGGCCGGUGUGUGGGCUGGAUGCCAUCUGAUUUACAUCACCAACAAGUUCAGUUAUCUGUAUAUCAUGAAACAGGCCCCAACUCUGGGAUGUGUAUGGAUUUGGUCAAUCUUGGAGCUUGACCUUCCCGUGGCGGUGGCCAGCCUGGCGGUGGCAGACUGCGAACUGGCCCGCCGGUGGUGCCUUCGAUUCUUCAACUCGCUUGGAAGCUGUUGCGAGGGACUGGAUAAUCGGCGCGACCUAACGGGAUCGGCCAACGGUGAAUCUGGACCGUGGCUGAGUCGACUCCGAUGCAUCAGACGAUAG